UAAUGUGGAAGGGACAGGAUCACUAGUUGAAGGAAUACAAGUUCAAGUUCUGCUGCAGGUCUUGAGAUGUCAUGUGAAGAGUCAGCUGUUGAGAAAGGGAAAGUUCCACCAUCUAGGAAGCAGAAGUGAGAAGACUUGUAGUGCAGUGGAAGAGAAUUGGAGGGAUGAGUGGGUGAAGAUGGACCACAAACGCACUGAUCAGUGAAGCAGUGUUUGAGAACUGAAGAGAGAUGUUCUCCUGACUUGCAUGAUGAAAAAGGAAGCGCUCUAUAUGGAAGGUUCUUCUUUAUUCACACAUUCAGCUCAACUCAAAGUGUUCGGGGUUACUAAAGGGCAGGUGGAGAAUCAGCCUGAGGGGUUCAGCGUGUCUGUGGAGAUGGUGGUGUCUCACCAGACCACGCCCUUACCGCCAGAGACUAGAGAAGAAGUGGAACCGCCAGGGGGGUGGUGGUGGUGGUGGUGAUGCGAAACUUCUGACUUCUUCCUGUUCAAGCGCGCUUUCCGCUGUCAGGACGCCAAGCUCCGAAAGUGUGACGUCACGGUGCGCGUACGCGUGGGUGUGCGAGUGUUUGUGCGUGUGUGUGUGUUGCCGCAGCGUGUAGGUUGCGCACGCGCGCGUGCGCGUGCAGACGACAGUGUUCGUCUCGGAGCUCCCCGGUUGGCUCGUGUUAGUGAUACAUUGGAGAGCCUGAGACAGAAGACCUACCGACCCCGAUCUCCAGUCUCAUGAUUGUUGUGUAAGUUUCCUGGCUUGACAUGGCAGCUGAGGAAAACGAAUGCUCGAGCCUUCAGCUCUGCAAACAGAGCAUCGAUCCGGUGAGGUCGUGGGAGUUGGACUCCUUCCUGGCCAAUCACACGUUGAGUUUUGUGGCGCCACUUGACGAGCGCUACAUGUGCCCGGCCUGCGGAGGCGCCAUUCUGAACCCCCACCAGACGGGCUGCGGCCACAUCUUCUGUGCCAAGUGCCUCAGAAUUUUCAUUGAGAGCAACGACUUGUCCACAUGUCCCUUAGACGGCAUGCCGAUCAAGUCCGAGGAGGUUUUUCAAGACAACUGCUGUAAAAGAGAACUACUAAAUCUUGAAGUUUACUGUAGCAACACUCCAGUUUGCACACAAAAGAUGCCUCUGUGUAAUUUGCAGAAACACCUAACGCUUUGUCAGUACGAGGCCCUGCAGUGCUCCAACCCGGGAUGCACCGACAUCCUGUUACGCAAGAGUUUACCAGACCACCAGCGACGCCUCUGUCAGUUUCGUACAGAAUUCUGUCGCUACUGCACAAAGCCCUACCCCAUCACCCAGCUCCCGGACCAUGAAAAGAUGUUGUGCCCAGAAGCUGAAGUUCAGUGUCCUUAUAACUGCUCUCAGGAGGUUAAAAGACACAAGAUAAAAGAACAUGUGGAUGAGUGUCCAGAGCUGGAGACAGACUGCAUUUAUAAGCAGUAUGGAUGCACAGUCCGAGAUAAAAGAAGCAAAGUGAAAAUCCAUGAAUAUACUGAAUUCAGUCACCAUGUACUGCUUGUACUGGAGAGCAACAGCAAGAUCGCUAAACAGGUAGAUCAGCUGCAGCAGAACUUGGCCCUCCAGGAGAGGGAGCUGAAGGAGAGGAACGUGCUUGUAGCUAAUCUAAACAGAGAGGUGACCAAGUGUGACAGUGCAUUUUCUGCCAUCCAGAGGUCAAUGGUGGAGCAGAGGGAGUGUGUCUCCAGCGUCAAACAGGAGCUCCAGGAGCUCCGCUGUGUUCUGGAUGCUGAGCUGGCUAAAGAAGAGCUGAAUGCUCUCCGAGCUUCACUCGACUCUCUCAGGCAGCAGGUGGCAAUGAUGCAGAGCCUCAGAGAUCACCUGGGAGCUUUAGGUCAGACGUGUCAACGUCACACUCGACUCCUGGACAUCCACGUCGAGCAGCUACAAUGCAACGAGCAACGUUUCCGCCAGCUCGAGUCCACGUCUUAUGAUGGAAAGCUCAUCUGGAAGGUUCAUGACUUCCAACGCAAGAAAGACUCCGGCGCGUCGCUCACCUCGCCUCAUUUCUACACCGGGCGCAGCGGCUACAAGCUGAGUGCUCGCGUGUAUCCGGACGGGGACGGAUCUGCCCGGGGGACGCACCUCUCUCUGUAUAUCAUGGUGAUGCGAGGCGACUUCGACUCGCUGCUGCCGUGGCCUUUCCACCAGAGCGUCACGCUGACCUUGCUGGACCAGAGCGGCUCACGCAACCACGUCAGCUGCAGCUUCACCCCCGACACCAACACGGAGAGUUUCUGCAGACCCACGGCUGACAGCAAUGCCGCAUUAGGAUUCUCCCGCUUCAUCUCUCACAAUGAUCUGGAAGGUUCUCAGAAUGCAGUCUAUGUCCGAGACGAUACGCUGUUCAUCAAAGUCAAGGUGGACACAGCGGGACUGGACGAUCUCUAGCGCCCUCUGGGAAAGGGGAUCUAGUAAAGCUUUAUACGAUUUUAUUUUAUUUUAGGAUAUGAAUAUGUGUAUAUUCAGCUCCAAAAUUAUUUGCACCCGCACAAUUAAUACAGGGUGGCAAAGGGGAAAUGGGAAAUUUUGGAACUAGGAGUUUGAACUCGAUUGUUUGGAACCAGUGCGACCCACAGUGUUUACUGUAAAAGCCUAUCAGAAGAGUGGUGAUAGUGUGAGCGCUGCACAAAAAAGAAAAUCUGCAUUACCAGUUAGCAUGCCACGAUCGUGUCACGUCUGCUCAUAGCUAGUGCUGUGUAUCGGCAAGAAUCUGGCGAUAUGAUGCGUUAACGAUACAGGAGUUGCGAUACGAUAUGUUGCGAUACUGUAAACUGGGAUGUUGGGAUAUUUCUUAUUUUAGGAGUAGGAUAUAAUUUUGGGAAAGCUGUCAUUAAUAACACACCACCAUAAUCAAACCGUAGUAAAAUAUUUCACCAGAACACAGUGGGAUCUGCAUUUGCAUUAAUUACAUCUAAAAUUACACUAACCCAAACCCCUUAAACCCACCCAUAGCAUGAAACCUGUGCCAGUUGUACCAGUAUCACCCUUCAGUGGUAUCAAGUGUUUAGUUUUUUUUUAAACAUACUUUAGGUGCCAUUAAAGACUCCUAAUAUGAAGUGGGAUUGAUUAUGCUGAUUGUAUUAUAUUAAUAGUAUUAUAAUUAGCAUUAGGCUAGUAGUAGAAGCAUGAUCUGAGUGCUAAUUAGUGUUUUACAUCUAAAGGCUACAAUCGUAGGGAGGCAAGAAAAUAAAAAGUAAGAAAGACUACUAUUUCUUCUACAAAGUUAAAGAAUGAAGCCAGACCACCAUGACUCACCAUGUCUAGAUUUUCUGCAAAAUUGAUUUUCAAGUAUGUCUAAGACCAAAUCUAUUUAUUUUCCUCCAUAGGCUUAAAAAAGUCUAACUCGGAUGUAUUAACGUGUGCAGAGCUACACACGUGUUUUGCCAGUCGAACUUUGAUGUAACAGUUUCCCUCUGACCAACCAAUCAGAGGACGGAAAAAUGCUGACGCUAUUUUGGCGCAAAUAUAAAAUUUGUUUGGUUAAAGAAACAGACCCAUUGAUUAUAGAGACCAAGUAAAAAGGCCAGCAUUGACAUGGCAGCAUAUAGAGGCUGAAAUCUGAAAUCUGAUUGGACAAAAAAUCUAACAUCCACAUACACGUACUGGAAGCAGUGCAGCCGAGAGAAACGCUACGAAAUGAACAGAAUAAACUGUUGUGAUAAAUGAU